GAAAGUCAUUUGAACGAAUGGCGGUUUAGUGAUUACCAGUGUUUUCUCAGUUUUCGUCCUACGUGAUUUAAUUGUUGCUUCACGUUGUGUGAAGAAAAUAAUGUACGAAAUACGAAUCCUUCAAUACCCAGCUUAUGAAACGAUCGUACAUCUCAGCUAAAAACGCAACCCAUCUUCCAAAAAUCCUCUACGCUUCCACGGCCGAUUGUUGAAUGCAAGUAUGUGAUAUAGUAUUUUGCUGGUUGAAUAUGCUGAUUCUUGUGGGUAAUGCUAAAUAACAGCUCUACGAAAGUAUCCAAAGGCGUUAAAAACAAUGACGCCUCCAAGCUCAACGAGGAAGACAAAGCCCACAAGUUAGACAAAGAGAAAACCAAGGUUUACUCUUCCAGUCUGUACUCGUUCAAUCGUGGUUUCAAAAACGUACGUUAUAGCUCGUAUACCAGCAAAUUUGCCAACGAUAAUCGACAAAGAGAUGAUUAUAAAAUGGCUCGUGGUUCGUACACCAGGAAAACUACACGCGGUGUUUCAAAACGAGAGUACGAUGCGUCUUACAGUACCCGAAGAAAGUAUCAAGACACCAGCAAAGAUUUCAGCCCUGCUGAAGAUACCCGAAUAUCGAAAACGUUACGAAGAAUGGUCAGAGAAGACGAUCCGGAUGCAUUUUCGGCCUUAUGCACUCAGUUACAGGAAUCCAUAAUCGUCGUGGAAAAUGAAAGAUAUAUCAGAAAAGCUAUGGAAUUUAUUUGCGAAUCGAUACUAGACAUGUUACAUAGUGGUCCAAGUUACGAGACUAAAUAUAUGGCUGCGAAAUGCUUAUCUCAUUUAGCGAUUGCUUUGGAAAAUGACGCUAAAAGGUUUUUCGAUUGGAUUUUCACCAAGUAUUACGAAGAAAGAAAUUUAGAAGUUCGAGUGUUGUUGAUUAAAGCUUUAUAUUACAUGUUGCAACUUGAUAAAGAACAUAACCUAAGAGAUUUCGCUGGCCUUUUGAUCGGUCAAACUCAAAAUAUUCUGGAAAACGCCGAAGUAUCGGAAUUAGUUCUAACCACUGGGAAAAUAUUCCAUCUUUUAAUAGACGAAUAUAUCGAAGUUUUUUCUGAUUAUUUCAAGGACACCGUAGACAUACUGGUUGGUUGGCAUAUUGACAUCGAACAGUCUCAGUAUGUGAUAAGAGUCAUGUCAGCUUGUCUGCAAAGCUUGGCACCUUAUUGGAUCGCCGAUUUGAAUUUUACAGUCAGCUUACUGGGGCAAUUAUUGGAAGAUAUGGAGAGAUAUGCCAACGAUUAUAGGCAAAUUUGUUUGGAUUAUGCCAAAAUUCAAGAAAGUGCUUCCGAAAAUGAUGCUGGAUCUUUGAAACUUGAUUCUUUGAGAUGUUUAGCGAAAACCAUGUCUUUUAUGAAAGUCUUCAAUUCGAUUACUAAAACUGUAGGCCAAUAUUUGACUCCCACUUCAUCAGCUAACAUCGUUACGUGGAAUUUUCUCGUUGAAUCGCUGUCUAAAGUAGUCCGAACUGUAUUGUUGUGCUUAGAGAUUGAAAAUAUUGAUGAAGAAUUGAUCAUCACCGGAAAUGAAUGUGCCUGGUUGUUGAUAUCGCUGAUGCAAUGUAAGCUGAAUCCUGGACAUGAUACGUUGUGUAAAUUGAUUGAUUUACAACUGCAAAUGGCUCCAACAUUUAAUAAUUACACACUGGCUUCCCUACUUCAAUUAACAUCCAAAAUUGUUAAAGAAGGUAGUGCGAACUUACCCGAAGAUUUGAUCGCUAAAUUAAUCGGACCCGAGUCGUAUAUUUUGAAAUUGCGUUUUUCUACGAAUCUUGAAAUCCAUAAAGGAGUAGUAUCGGUUUAUCAGAGCUUAUUAAAUUUGAAAAAUAUUCCAUUAUUACAGGAAGCUUACCGAUUCAUUUUGGGUGAUAUGGAACGAGCUUAUUUGGUACUGGAUCCCUCGUUGAAGCCAUUUUGUACUGAGAACCCUCAUUCUUCCGAUCCAGAAUAUAAUCCGAAAAUGGCUCAAGCUGUAUUACUAUUCCAUCUAAACGCUUUAUCAGAUUUAGCGAACGCCGGAGGUUCAAUUAUAGGCAUGUGGGUCUUACAGCCGUGUAUUUUGGAAUUAUUAGCAGUGAAGUUGCAACCGGUCAAAGCUAACUUGAAUCCGAGUGUCAGAUACGCUAUUUUGUAUCUUUUAUAUUCGCAUUGCUCCAGAUAUUCGAACUUUAUUUCGAGCAGUGAACUCGUUACAUCGGUUCAAGGCAGAACGAACGUUUGCGAUUUACUUCGUAUCAUGGGGUCCGACAUUACACCAACGACUUCACCUACCAGUGGACAUCUGACCGUUAUUUUGAACCUACUAAGCGAGCUUUUGAAAGGAGACUUUGACCGCGAAGCUACGAUGUUAUCGUUGAAAUGGUGUGGCGUGCUUCUAAAUCACGCUCAAAUGUACCUCAGUUCUCUGCUAAUAACGAAAGAAUUUUUGAAAUUGAUGAAGACCAUGAUCAAAUUCGGAUUCAAAUCAACUGAUCGUAACGCUAACGAGAUUUUACUCGAUGAUUUACUCGUCUUCCUACAUAAUCCGAAUAAUUGGGAUAGUAAACCCGAUUUACUUCGUGAAAUAGCCGAAUUAUGCCUUAUUCAUUUGAAUGCGACAGAUGCCACGAUUAAACGAAAAAGCGUAGAGAUUAUCAUCAAAUUACCGUGGAGUUCGGUGAUCUCCGUGAUUAGGAACGUGUCGCAGAAAUUCGACGGUUCGUUUAAUCGUAUUUUAUCGACAUUUCGAACGCAUAUGAAUCGUGAUACAAACAGUGAGAUUCAGAGUCAACAUUUCAAACUGUUUUUAUCAUAUAUACUGGAAGACGUUCAAAUCGAAGAAAAUGAUAAGUUAUUCGUCGAUUCGUUUUACAACUGUUGGAAUUCUACCGAAUCGAAAACCAGUUUCGAAAGCAUCGUACCGUAUUUCGAAUCAGCUCUGUUAUUCUGGGAAACCUGGGAAUGUGUCCAAUACUGCGUCAAGAACAAACUACGAACGACGCUGGGUAAACCUCAAGAUACGUUUAUGGCCAUUGAAGGCGCUUUGAAAAACUUAGCCCGAGAGACGAUGCGUAAACAUGCCGAUUCCGAAGACACGUACACGUUACGAAGGGUCAGACUUUUAUUAGAAUUCGUCGAGCAAUUAGAGAAAAGCAUGUAUAACGCGUCCGAUGGCACAGCAGCUGCAUUAUUAGCUCCUUCGAAGCCGGUGAGAACGUUUUUCCACACGAAUCGAAGCACUUGCGCCGAAUGGUUGGCUCGAAUACGUUUAAUUAUCGUAAUGGUAUCGUUACAAGCCGGAUUAUCGACAACUGCUAUUCGUCACGGGUUUUGUCUAUUACAAGAUAUGGUGCAGGCUGGAAAUACCAAAAGCAAUGAGUUCACAAAUGCUAUCAUGUACGUGUCUUGGGCAUUGUACAGUUUGAACGAAUCUAAAGCUAUCGAAGGAUUAUACACGUGGUGCUUGGAAACUUUGGAUUUACCGUUACCUUUUUUGAAAGCGUUAUCUGAUCAGGCUGCGAAUAAGUACGAAUCUGCGUUGGAAACGUAUUUGAAUCUAGUUGACGAGGUGGAUAAUGAUUCGUUGAGUUUGAAAACGUCGGAAUUGAGCUUAAAUUCCAAUUCUUCGAGCUCUGAGCAUGUGUACGAUUCCUUGAGGUCAUUUAUCGCUGACCAGGUAACGGAAUGCUAUUUGGAUUUAAACGACUGGAGUCAAUUAAAAGAGUGGAAGAAAAAAGAAGCAGAUUUCUUAUCAUCCAUAAAUGGUAGCUGUGUUCAAAGAUAUGGUCACGUGACUGUAAAAGAAGCCGAAAUGUUUUGCGAAAUCGAUCAAGGUAAUUUUACCAGCGUCGGUAUGUUAAUGAACUGGAACACUGCUUCGAAUACGAAUCAUAAUGGUGUGAAACCUGGUUGGAAUACUCGUCAUACGUUGAAUCAAACUCGGCAAAGUCUGAUGGAGAAGUUUAUCGUCGUUGAAGUUGAUAAAGAAGUUUCCGAACAGCAUAUGAACAGCAUGAACGAUUUCUUCGCUUCGAUCAAAUCAUUCUUAUGUGAAGAUCUUCGUAAUUUACCGUCUCCUUUGGUGGAAGACUACGCGACUUUAUUAUUCGUCGUUUCGUCGUAUUUUUCUGACUCGAAAUCGUUUUUGAAUAAUUUCACCAUGGAGAUUACCAGUGCUGAUGUGGGUUCGAAAAGACUCGGAAAUGCUUUAUGGUGGACCAAGAUAAUCGAAAAGUAUCGAAAGAACACUUUGAACGUCGACAAACGAGUCAAUUUAUCCGAAUUAUGUUUACGAUUGACAAAAUCUGCUCGUAAAGAAGGAAACAUGCAUUUAGCAUCUAGACAGCUUUUGAACCAUUUCGAGAAAGUAUUCAGCUCGUUGAUCUCGAUGAAGAACACCGAUAACGGUCGUAAACCGUAUAAUAUUCUUUUGGAAGCGAUAACUAAUCAAUCAACGGCGGCAACGACAGCUAUAUGGUCGGUGGAUAAUACAGAUGCUUUGCUGGAAUUAUCUAAAUUGGCUCACAGGUACAGCAACGAAGAACUCGCUGUAGAAAUCUGCGCGAUGACAGCUCUGGGCAUUACUCACGCCGGAGGAAAUGGCGACCCGUUCAUCAGAGACAAGACGUCGAAUUUAUUGCUUAAAUUAGCCAAGUGGUUAUCUAGCGAUUUAGUUUGCUCAGAUUCGAGUCUACCGUUCGCUUCGUACCCUACGAUACAGAAAUUACUCGCUUUAUUGCGACAUAACAUCAAUCCGACCAAUAGUGGUAGUUCGUUCGAGAUCAUGAGUUAUGACUUUUCCAACUCCGUUAUUCCGGAGAAAGAUUCGACUGUGGGUAACCUUCUGCGUAUAUCGGUUGUUCAAAGUCCUACCUUGGCCAAAGCUUGGAAUCGAUUUGGAAACUGGUGUUAUAAAUGGGGUCGAACUGUGGUCGAUAAACAGAACAAUUUAUUAACAGCUGCCGAUAAAGUGGUCAUCGAUGGGUUCAUACCGUCCGAGGUUAUCAAUAAAGAAGACGUUUACUCAAUUCUGACUCGAAUCAAACCAGCGGCCGACGAAGAAGAUAUUGAGGCUGAUAACGUAAACACGACCGAGUUAAUCGAAUGGCAGCUCAGAAGCACCGGCCAGUUCAGCGACGACCAAAUGAGCGGAUUAUUGGAUAUUUGGAGAAGCACUCACGCUCGAAUUUACGCCUAUUAUCAUCUAGCAGCCCAAUCUUACUUCAAAUACUUGCAAUUGAGCGACUUCAAUACGAACGGAGCCGAGACUGUGACUGCGACUCUACGAUUGCUCAGAUUAAUCGUCAAGUAUUCGUUGGAAUUGCAAAGUGUCUUAGAAGUUGAAUUAGCUUAUACACCGACUACUCCUUGGAAAUGCAUCAUACCUCAGCUUUUCUCCCGGUUGAGUCAUCCUGAGCCUUACGUGCGACGUAGAAUAUCCGAAUUACUGAGUAGAUUGGCCGAAGACGCCCCUCAUUUGAUUACUUUCCCAGCUGUGGUUGGAUCCGACAGCGGAGCUACUGGAACCAUUAAUAAUAUGCCAACUUCGAAAUUAUUCAAAUCGGUUAUUUCAACCGAGACUGAAGUCGAUCCGGGUAUGAUACAAGAUGAAGACGAAGGCGACGACGAAGACGACGAUGAAGUCAGCCAAGAUGAUCAAGGAAGGGUUUUGGAGAAUUGUUAUCAAGGAAUGGUCGACGCUUUGGCUAAACAGGUGCCUGAAACUAUAUCUCAAGUUCAAUUAUUGGUCAGCGAAUUACGUCGUAUUACGUUACUUUGGGAUGAAUUGUGGUUGGGUGCGUUGACUCAACAUUAUUCUGAUAUGGCUCGACGAAUCAAUCAGUUGGAAACUGAGGUGGCUCGUAUUGAUGCUAAUCGUCAUCUUAGUGAUGCUGAAAAAGAUACUUUUGUGUUUGAGAAGUAUUCUGUGCUGUUACGACCGUUGUUAUUCAUCUUAGAACAACUACAAGCAAUUACAUCAGUGAAAGCCGAAACACCACACGAGCAAUGGUUUCAAAAAACCUACGGCGAUCACAUUUCGAACACAAUCAGCUCACUUCAGAAUCCCAAAGAUCCGCGUAAACCUCAAGAAGCCUGGAAGAUCAUCAAACUGUUACAAUGCCAGUUCCAACGAAGAGCUUCGAAACGAUUAUCUUAUUCUUUAAAAAUGACCGACAUCAGUCCUGCUUUAGCUUCGUUGAAAAAUACCAGCAUAGCUAUGCCCGGAGUCGAACAAUACAUCACUAUUGCCUCCGUCCAUAAUCCGAUCAACGUUCUGCCUACUAAAACUAAACCGAAGAAGUUGGUUUUCCGAGGCUCAGAUGGAAAAAUGUACACGUAUCUUUUCAAAGGACUGGAAGAUUUACAUUUGGAUGAAAGAAUCAUGCAAUUUUUAAGCAUCGCCAAUACAAUGUUGAAAGAUAGCGGAUAUCAGGCUCGGCAUUACUCAGUCAUACCUUUAGGACCGAGGAGUGGAUUGAUUUCGUGGGUCGAUCACGUUACUCCUAUCUUCGCUGUGUACAAAAGAUGGCAACAGAGGGAAGCUGUCGUCAAUAAUCAAAAUACGGUUAUGCGUCCAUCGGAGUUAUUCUACGCUAAAUUAACACCUUUGCUGAAGGAGCACGGUAUUAGUAACUUGGAAAGUAGAAAAGAAUGGCCUUUGAGCAUAUUAGUCCAAGUAUUGAACGCGUUGAUGAAGGAGACGCCGGAUAAUUUAUUAGCCAAAGAGCUAUGGUGUCAAAGUGUCAACACAGGAGUCUGGUGGAAGAUCGUGAAUUUGUAUUCAACCUCGUUAGCGGUGAUGUCUGUGAUCGGAUAUAUCAUCGGAUUAGGAGAUAGGCAUUUAGAUAACGUAUUAGUUCAUUUGUCUACCGGAGAAGUUGUCCAUAUUGAUUAUAACGUAUGUUUUGAGAAAGGAAAAACGCUGAGAGUACCGGAAAAAGUACCAUUUAGAAUGACCCAAAAUCUACGAGCUGCUUUGGGUGUUACUGGAAUCGAAGGUAUUUUCAGAUUAACUUGUGAACAGGUUAUGGAAGUGUUGAAAAGUGGAAAAGAAACGUUACUUACGUUGCUAGAAGCUUUCGUGUACGAUCCUUUGAUCGAUUGGACUCCCGGUAUUGAAACCGGUUACACGGGUGCUGUUUACGGUGGAGGAAGAGCUUUAGCUUUGAAGAACAAACAGAGUCGUAAACAACUAGAACUCGAAGUAACUUCAUCCAUGUUCUCUAUUAGAAUCGCCGAAAUCAAAAGCGACUGGUUUGAGAACAAAAACAAGAUCGUGACUGGAAUUUUAGAACUAAGUUCGAAUAUCGAAAAAUGGAUUAAAAGCGAAGAAACUUUGGGUAAAAUAUUAGACGGUCUGAUGAACGGUAGUCAACAGCUAGAGGUAUUGAAAGCAGCAGCAGCCCAUCCGCAGCAUCCUCUUUACACGCUGCAUUCGCGUUAUCAGUCUCAAAAGGAUGCUUCUGAAGCUAUGAUCAAAGCUCAGAUUGGGUUGAAACAGAAAUUAGAAGAGUGUGAUACGCAGUUAGCUCAGUAUAAGAUGUUGUUUUAUCAUUUGAGAGGUGAACAACUGUCGCAAUGGAUGAAUGAUUUGAAUAGUCGUCAAGAGCAAAGUAGUCAAUUAUUCGACACCAUCACCGAAUUUUUGAAAAGUACCGGUCAGAAUCAACUCAUCAGUCAGUGCUUGCAAACCGAAACCGACGUAAACGAUAACAUCAAAGAACAACUGCCACUGGUCAUCAGCUGUCUAGAUUUAUUAAAAAAAUACUCCAUGGUGAGCACCCUGUACCCGACAUCGAGCUCGUUGAAGCAUCGCUGCACCUCUUACCAUCGAUGGAUCCACAUGAUGCUAGAAUUUCCAUCACCGAACGUAUGCGAUAAAGUGCUCUCGGAGUUCAAUCACUUGUACAGCGUUUCCAUCGGUAACGAAAACGUAAUCCAGCAAGCGUCUAAAUUCUCCGAAAGCCUACACCAGCGUGUCCUCGAAGCAGAAUAUGCUCUAAAAUCACGUCUAGAGAAACUCGAAGGUCUAACGAAGGAAAACGAGAGCGAUAUUUUACAAAUGGAGCAAGCCAUCGAGAAAUACGCCGAAAGUACAAAGCUCACGUUACAGUGCGCCGUUAUCGGUGAAUUGUGCCAGCUGAAUAAACGGUUCUUGAAAAUGGAGACGGCUGCGUUAGGUGCUGGGAAUUGUUUAAUGGUGUUGACGACGAUGGAUGGAGAAUGGUUCUUGGAUGAUAUGUGUUUGAUGACCGAAGUUUCGAUUAAAUUAGCAUCGUAUAUCUUGAGUCCGGCUUUAUUGGAAGAGAAUCCGAGUAUGCAUUUGGUCACCAAGUGUUUGAACUUGUUGCAUGGAAUUUAUAAAAGACUUCAGGAAUUGAACGUGAAUUUCUCGACUAUUAUUUUACCGGAAACGCUGAAGAAAUUGUUGGUCGAAGACGAAACCGUGUUGGAUGUAAUUUCGAAAUUGAAUCUUAUCGUUACAUCGUGCAGUUUACCGUUGAACGAGCUGAUCAAAGAAUUACAGACUCAUCUCAGAUACAUGAUUAUGGGCAUGCCGUCUCCUCAUUCAAGCUGCGUAGGAAUAGCUGCCGAAUUACGAUGCAAAUUCAACGCUUUGGUGAACGAGCGAAGUAACUCUUUGAGCGGAUCGAUGACCGAGGGUCAAAUGCUCUUGAUGGGUUUCAAUUUAUUAUUCAGCAAUAUCUUCAAAAACACCGCCGAGUUAUUCACUUUACUUCCAGCUUUAGCGAUAACCAACUCGACGUGGAAUUCUGUCGAUUUGAUCAAAGAUACGAGAUCGUUAAUCGGCCCUGUAUUCAGCAAAGAGUCGCAAAUCCUGCUGCAAGAUUUAUUCCUGGUCAAGUACAUCAACACGAUGCAGGAAUUCUUCUGUAAGUGUCAAAUGACAGCCGCGGCGUAUCGUGGAGGAUUGAGUAUGCCAACUGUGUAUCAUUCGGAAGAACAGCUGGGCAAAUUGGUGAAAAAAUUCACCGCUGAUUUCCUCAGUCAACAGUUGUUGGGAUUGUUUUCUUAUACAUUUGCUACGACUAUCGGAUUAUUUUUACAACACGUCGGGUUCAAUAUAAUUGCUGAAGUAGAACAACGUGAUAUCGGAGCCGAAAGCAAAGUACCGAUGGAAGAACUCUGCCAGAAGGCUAUUGAUCAACUACGUCAAGAAGAAGCCAUCGUUUCGAGUACAUAUUCGCACGCUGCGUCUAUUUUGAACAACCUACCGAUGGCGUGGAAACGUUUAGCUAUCAAUAAACGUCUGAAAUUGGAGAUACAAGCGCAGGAGAUGAUCAUACAGAACUUGAAGUUGCAAUAUACGACGCAUCGUUGGUUACACGAAGACUCGUUGAAUGGAAAAAAUCUUCCUCCGCCUUUGAUAGAUCGAUCGGAAUUCAUGGUGGAGUUGAAAGUUGCCUUGACGAAUUUGAUCACAUCUCAAAUGAAGAUAACCGAACUGAAAGAACAACAAGAAAGCUUAAUCGGUAGCGUGAAAACUCGUUUGAAAUGGGCUGCUGGAUCGAAUCCGGCUCUAAGUGAGGUGAUGAACUCUUUCGAAGAAAAGAUCAAAACUGACGGUGAAAGCUUCGCCAGAAAUCAUCAAUUGUCAGCUACCAUAAUCAACAUGAGCAACUGCGUUCUUCAUUACGAAUCGUUACGUGUUCAGACACCGGAAGCUAUUUUAAGUGAUACGAAUUUCGUCCAGCUCGUGAAUAAUUAUAAAGAAGCGUGUAAUAUGGUUAUGGGAUUGGCUACGGCUUCGUUUACUCCUGAAGAAGAACAUUUGGUGCAGAUGUUGCCUCCGGUCAAGCCUAUCGACAGUGUUUGGAUCGAAGAAGCGGAUAAUUUGAUAUCAGAAUCAAUCAAGAAACUAGGCAACGAACUCGAACCGUUGAAAGGUCUAGUUGCGUCAGCUCGAGACGACGUCAAAUCAUCCGCGUUAUUAGUUCGAACUUAUUUAUCCGAGCAUCAUAAAAUACUGAUGGACGUGCGUUCGCUGCUAAAGUCUAUUAUGAAAUUCGAAGAUAACGAUGGAAUUACCGGAAUACCCGACUACCUAGCUCGCCACAAAGCCUACUGCGAGCAACUGAACAGCAUCACUAAAGAACUCACUUCGGUCGAUUUGAUAGACGCGAAAGGACACGGAUUCCUCAAACAGUUGCAAAUCAUUCAGCAGCAGACGGAUUACGUUUACGAUGAAUUGCUCAAGUUCUCAGUCGAGAGAAUUCCGCCGAAAGCCAAACGACCACCUUUGCUUCGUCAAGAGAGUAUUCGUCUGUCGCCUAAGAAAAGAUUACCGCAUGAUCCGAAGACUGGUAAAGUUUUGCAAGAAAAGAACGAGUACGCGGUCAAUGUCUGGCGCCGAGUACGUAUGAAAUUAGAAGGUCGAGAUUCAGAUCCUGGUGAUGGGCGUAAAUUAUCAGUUCACGAACAGGUCGAUAAGAUAAUAAAGGACGCAACAAACGUAGAAAAUCUCGCUUUGUUGUACGAAGGCUGGACUCCGUGGGUUUGAACGAUAACGCAAGCGCCAUUAUUGUGCAGGAUACAGUAUAAAAAAUGAAUUUUAAACGUUCGCGUUCAGCGAAGAAAGAUUCCGAUAAAUUAGGAAUCAGUUGCAGCGUUUAGAAGCUGCAACGCGUUCAAGUAACGGAAUCGCGUUCAAUUUCUGAAACUGAUAAGAUCGAUGGCCAAUUUUAUUAUCUUUGUAUGUGUGAAGUUGUAGGCGAACGAUGCCAAUAUAGGCGAUUCAGUUUCGGAAUACAUUAAGUAAAAGUAAAAGUAAAAUCGUCUACAUAGAAAUUACGUACUAAAAAACAAAAUCGCGAGUUUUCCAUUAAUAUGUCGCCGAACAAGCCAUCGUACGAGGAAAAAACACUCAAGAGUGUAACUUUUUGUCUCUUUUUUAGUUUGAAGUAUAUGUGUUUUUUUAUUUGUCAUUCCUUUGCUGUUUUUUUUUCAUUUUGGAUUUGUUUUUCUUCUCCUAAUUAUUUUACCAUCUUGUAUCGCGUUUUUGUGUAUUGAAUGUUUUGCAAAGCAAAGGUGAAAAUUUAUAGAUGAAAAUUUUUGAAUUAUUAACAGUGUUUUAAUGGUAUAAUUUUAACCCUUCGAUCUUACAGAGUUAAAUAAUCCGGAAUUGAGCCUCAAUUAUUAUGUUAUCGUUUAUUUUAUUUUUUUAUUUUUAUUUACCUACCCUUCUUUCGUUCUAUUGUUUUUUUUUUUUCGUUUGAGUUCUUUUUUUCGCUGCAGCUUUAUCGUAAUGAUAAAAGCUGCUGAAAGCAGUAUGGUUUUAAUUUACAGUGAUUUUUCUUUUCUUUCUUUUUUUUGUUUUGAAUUGUCAGAUGAUUAUGAGAAAAUGUGUAGCGUUGAUAAUAAAAAAUUUACUGUAAUGUU